AACAAGUCCAAAUAAUGGAUGGGGUUAUAACAAACUACCACCUCUACUAAUACAAUACUACCAAAGCUGUCCAAAACAAACACAAUUUAGCAUUGCCCUAUAGCCCCUACUCAUUCUCAAGCUACACAAGGAAUGUGCCAAAAUAAUUCAAAAAUAAAGAAAAAAAAGUUCAAGUCUUUAAGUCCAAAAAAGGGAAUUUUGACUUUUCAUUCUAGCCAUACACAAAUUUACAUGUCAUCUUUCUCACAUGACAUUAUACACUCAACCUCCCACCAACAUCAUAUGCUCUCUUUUCUUUCUUUUUCUCUUUCCUUCUUCAUUACGCCCUCUUAAUCGCCAGCUCUAAUCACGUUUCCCCCCUUAUUAUCUUCAUUUUGUGAUACCCAUUAUCUUUUUCUCAUCAUUUCCUCAACCUCCCCCAAUUAAAAAGAUCUUGAUCCAAAAAUUCCUGUCUUUUUUAACUUAAUUUCACAUUCCCAAAAAACCCACUUCCCAAAUCUCCCAAAAACCAGUAAAUUACUAAACUUUACUCCAAUUUGAGUUCAAAAAUGACUUAAAUUAACCAAUUUAAGCUCAUAGUUUUCCUGGGUAAGUUGCAUUAAAAUGGAUGGGUUAAUGGGGGAUGUCACUAAGAUCAGGAAAAGGGGUUGUUCGCCAUCUUCCUCAACAUCAUCAGUGAUCCAGAAUUACAAAUUCAAAAGGGCAAUUUUGGUAAGAAAAAAGGGAAGUGGCGGUAGUGGCGGCGGUAGAAGCGGCGGCGGCGGCGGAGGUGGCGGCGGAGGAGGGGGAUCCACUACGCCAGUACCAAGUUGGAGAAUGGUGGGGUCAAGGUCACCCUCAGUUGUUUUAAGAGUAGCCGCCGCAUCGCCGCGGUAUCUGCCGAGCCUCUCCGGCAGGUCAAGGUCAGGGCAUGGGCAUGAGCAAGGACAUGGGCAUCCGCCGGUAUCGGCACGGAAAUUGGCAGCCACAUUGUGGGAGAUGAAUGAGGUACCUUCUCCAAGUUUGAGGGAGGAAGAAAGUUGUAAAGAAAAGAGAGUUGGGAGAAGGGAUAAAUUGAGGAGGUCCUGGAAUAAUUCAGGUUCUCUUCCUCCUCACUUGUCUGAUCCUUCCCAUAGUCCUGUUUCAGAGAGAACGGAGCGGCCUGGAAGUGGUAAUCACCGGAGAAGAGAGUCGUCUAUCACUAGGAGGCUAAAGAUUGAGCAUUUUGAUUCCGUUAGUAACGCCAGCUUUAUGGAGAUAGAGACUAGAUCUCAAUGCCAGACCCCUUCUGGAUCAACAGCUGGGGGAAGACCCCGUUUGAAGGAUGUGAGUAAUGCUUUGACCACUUCGAAGGAGCUGCUGAAAAUCAUAAGCCGCAUGAGGGGUCAUGAAGAUCAACCUUCAUCGAGUAUGUCCCUUAUCUCUGCCUUACAUGCUGAGCUCGAGAGGGCGCGUUUGCAGGUCAAUCAGAUGAUACAGGAAGAUCUGUCUGAUAGCAAAGAGAUCAAUUACCUUCUGAAGCGCUUCGCUGAAGAAAAGGAAGCAUGGAAGAACAAAGAACAGGAAGCAGUUGAGGCUGCAGUUGAAUCCAUAGCAGGAGAGCUUGAGGUGGAACGGAAACUUAGGAGGCGACUUGAGAGCUUGAAUAAAAAACUUGGUAAAGAACUUUCUGAGACUAAGUUGUCUUUGCUGAAGGCAGUGAAGGAACUUCAGAGUGAGAAGAGAGCAAGAGGAAUUAUUGAGCAGGUUUGUGAUGAGCUAGCUGGGAAUAUCGGCGAAGAUAAAGCUCAAGUAGCAGAGAUAAAAAGAGAAUCAUUAAGAAUGCAAGAAGAGAUCCAAAAGGAAAGAGAAAUGCUUCAAAUAGCAGAGGCAUUGCGUGAGGAGAGAGCUCAAAUGAAACUCUCAGAUGCUAAACUUCAGUACGAGGAAAAAAAUGCAGUGGUUGAUAAGCUGAGAAAUGAGCUUGAAUCAUUCCUUAGAACCAAUAGUAAAGAAAAUGGAUGUGGGUCUGUGUAUCAGAGAAGAGAUGUAGAUUUGGCCUUUUGUCGAAGUGAAGCUAAGGAGAGUGAUGAGGGAGAAGUUGAAAAUACAACUGAUGACGAUGGUGAAAACUCUGGUGAAAGUGAUCUUCAUUCCAUAGAUUUGAAUAUAGCUGAUCCUUACAAGAACAACUACAAGUUGACUAGUUCACCCAUGAUACCUAAAACUUCCAAAAGACACUCAGCUGAUGAGCAACUCAAAGGGAGGAAAUCAAUAUUUAAUCAAGUAGCUAGAAGAAGCACUUCUUUACUUCGAAGCGUAUCCAACAUUGUUGAGUGGGGUUAUGGCUCAAAUCAUGAAGUUGAUAAGCAAACUCCAAGGAAAAGUUGUGGGGAUGAGAUACAAAAGUAUAAAUCAGGGAAAGGUCCACGAGACCAUGGUUUGCCUAAUUCUAGGCUGGGGUUGGAAAGAGAAUGUGCAAGCCCAUCCAGCCUACGUGGUCCACCAUGGCCAUCUCGGGAACCAUGCAAUGUUGCAAUGCAGAGACCAAUGACGAUGGAAGGAAGUGGAACUAGGAUAAGGCUUGAAGAAGGCAGAGUUGAAGGGCAUAACUCAAGGAGAUCAAGAAGAUAAUUCUAAGAUUUGAAUUUUAGGGCAACUGUCUUGUUGCCCAUGGUGGUAAACCUUAAUUUAUAUAUUUUCCGUGGUUGCCAAUGCUACCACACUUUCACCCUUUUUAUCUUAGCCCUUUGUGAUGAUGUGGGUUUUUGUAAAGUAGGAAGCAUGUUUAAUUCUUUUUCUUUGAAACAUCUCUUCUCUAUUUUGAGAGGAAGACUUGAUUAGUGUAGGGAGCUGUUUGAAAAUUGCCAAAAUUAUCAGAUUUACCCAUGUACAUUUUAAAAGAGGAUGGCCUUCCCUGUUCA